GUAUGUUGCUCAAUGUAUUCGCCAUGUUGGUUUUCAGCGAUGAGAGCCCUAUCAAAAUAUUUUAGUGGUAGCUCCUUAUGCAUCGACUGUUUUGGUAAAGGGAUCGAGGAAUUAACAUCUUGAUUCGUCUAAGUGUUUUAUUAACUGAAUCAUGAGCGCGUCAGACGACAAGAAACUUAAGAGGAAGAAAAACAAGAGAAGCUCAGUUGCCAAGUCAAAGUCACAAAACUUGACUCAAGCAACAUGUCAAAAUAGUCCAAGUCCUGUUGACUUGACUGUUCCUUCCACCAGAGACUUAUUAUCGUCAUCCAUCGAUUCUGAGACUCUUAAGAAGCUAGAGAAGCUAAUGGAUGCUAAGGAUGAUCCAGAGUUGCCACAGAUUCUGUCUCUGUCGCGGGGGCCCAACCCCUACUUGGAUAAGGAGCGCUGCCUUCUGUGUGGGUGUGAGCGCCUUGAUCCUCCGGAGGCUGCUGUUCUCAAGUCCCAAUCCAGUGAGAAAAAGACAGAGCUUAAUUCCUUAGCUCAGCUUCCGCUAUGGGUGUGUCCUGACUGUAGAAAGUCGACAGAUCAAGAGAUGGAAAAGAAAGUCAACCUUGCAUCCUUCAUGGAACAGGACCUUCCACCGGAGCCAGCCACUCUGCCAUUCCUGUCUGACACCAACUUUGGUAUAGGGGAGCCCACCACGCCUAAUGGCUCUGUGUGUAACUGUGAAGCCUGCACAGAGCGAAGGGAGAUUGAGGCUGAGCAUGACCGGGAGACACAAGAACUUCAGACAUGCUGGACGGUGCUGAGGAAUCUAAUCCGUAAACUUUACAGUGAGAGGGGGGACAACUGCAGCGUGAGUAGUUCUACAGACAUCUCUCCUGAAUGUAUACAAGAAAGCAACGACUGUGAUGAUACUCGCCUACCAGAUGAGGAACAGGCCAAGGAACUAGUCCACAGGUUAUGUAGUCGGGAUCCUCAUCAGUUAUUCUUACGACUUGAGUCACAAGUCCGUGAGUUUGUGAUAGAGAUGAAAGUGCGCUUGUUGAAACAACUACAUAGUGGCUACAAAACGCCACCUGAGGCCAAGACCUUUAUCUCUAUGUUACUGGACGAGUAUGGACACCUUUGUCAAGUCUCGCGCAAAAUGGCUGAAGUCCUCACAGAACUGAAGACAGAACAUCUCGCCAAAUUUAAUGUGACGUGGGAGCUUCACAACAAACACCUGUUCCAAUCCAUUGCCUAUACAGAACCUUCUAUACAGAGCAGUCUCCAUCUCAUCAUCACUCAACUUCGACUUGGAGCAGCCUCCAAGGAGUCCUAUAAUGAGGACACUUACCCCAAUUUGUUACACCGCUAUCUCAAGUUUGAUGAUGAAAUGUCUGUGAUAUCUGUGGUGUGGAGAGACAGCCACCAGCUCAUAGAACAGUACAAUGAGGAACAGGCUGCUCUGAAACUAAAACAGAAGAUGCUGAAGGAAGACUGGGAGUUUUUCAAAGCACAAAGGAAGAUUCUCGAGCAACAAGUUGCAAAAAAUACAAAAACACCUUUAUCGCAUAGUAAUACCAAUAGCUUUGAGGCCCAGUUCACAGAAACCAUGCGUCUGAUGCUGCAGGGAACUAAACCUGCUCCCGAGGAGUGUCAUUGUUCCAGGUGUAAUCGCAAAAGAUGUCCUUGUGAUGAGUGCACAAUAACACAUAUGAUAACAUGUGGUAUUAUUAAUCCCGAGGCAUUGGAAGCCACCGAUAACACAAAUCAUGUCAACUUCCUCCAUGACCCCAAUCGAUACCGCAUCGAUGUCAGUCCGCCCUCCAUGUCCAGUACUACAUCCAGUAGUGGCUCCUCCAGUCCUGUCAUGGUGGAACCUGUCCCCUUUCCAGACUUGGAUGAGAAUUUUAUAAACGAAGAAGAUAUUCCUGAGGAGAUAGAGGGUAUUAGUCAAUCGGGUGAUGUAGAUGAUGUGGAUGAUGUGGAUGAUGACGAUGAUGGGGAAGAUGAGGAUUAUGAUGAAGAUGAAGAUGAUGAUGAUGAUUGUGAAGAUGAUGACGAUGAUGAUUGCGAGGACGAUGAAGAUGAGGAGGAAAAAAUGGAGGAAGACCUUGAUCUUGAAAACAUUAAGAUGGACCAGGAGUCUGUGGAUCUGUCACCACCAACAUGGUUAACUGACUCCGAUGAUGGAGCAGCUGACCUAAUCAGCUCUGAAACCUGUGAUUGCUACCAUUGUGUGUCCCAGGCUCAGGCAGAACAGAUCGUAAAAACUGAAGAGAGUCUCUGUCAGUGCUAUGUUUGUUUGCGACAAAGAGGUAAAACUGUAUCAACGUCUUUGCCAACGCAAAUGCCUAGUGUGCCAACACGACCAGGAGAAUUCCAUUUAUAUCCACACAUACAUGGAUCAACAGGGCUGCCUCAUGGGCUAUCAAGCAGGUCCCACAUACGGCCGGUACUGCAGCCACAGUUGUACGACCUCCACCUACCCAUGAGGCAGCCCAAACCAAUCAUUCAGCCUAAAGUUCCACUCAAACUGGACUUUGAUUCACCUGAUGGAAUUCAUGAACAUAUUUACCAUGCAUAUGGUGAAUGGGACAAUACAUACGAUACAAGAGGCCUGUUACCGAAAUAUGAACUUGGUAGUGAGUUACUGCCUCCUCCACCCCUUACUAGUAAUUUCACUACCAACUUCCUCACUGAGCCUUACACCAUGGCCACGCUCAUGGGCGUUGAUACUGUGUCCACAUCCACGCCCAGUACAAGUGCUUUCAAAAUGUCCAUGAGCAAUAGUCAUGUACCGGCACCGGCACAGGUGUUUUUGGAUAGCACUGGUGCAAAAAUGCAAAUGUCCACAUCCAAAGACUACAACAGUACUCCAAUUCUACCAACUAUGACAAGUAAAGCUAUGUCUCCUCCUUGUACUCGACCAGCCACAUUAGGAGGCAACAACAACCAGUCUGUCUUACAACCCCCUCCCUCCUCUGUAUCCCUGUCACAGCCUCAAAUCCAGCCGCGUCCUCCGGGGUCUGUGCUAGACAAACCUCACUCCCAGCACUGUAAGAGGCACAACAAUCUCCUUGGCAAGGCUCUCACCAGCUCCCAGGCACAUAACCACACAAGCACUACCACCACCUCAGCUCCAAACAAAGUCUCUCAGGAUUUUAUACAGACGGCUGCAAGAAACAUUCGCGAGGGUGCCAAAGAAGGCAUGCAGAUGAUUCGUCAAUUUGCCAGUAGUUUGAAUGCAAAUGUGAAUACUCAUACAUGUAAUCACACAUCUUCACGUAAUAACAUUGGAGGGCAUACACACGCAGCCAACUGUACAAUGGACCACAACCAUGUGACGGCAUGUCAGAACUCCAUCUCGAUGCCUACCACUGUAAACAAUGUGAGUGUUGGCACCUCCACUGUGUGUAUAGAGCCCGACUGUGAUGUCCACUUCGAUGACGCCUGUGAUAGUGUUAGCGAUAGCUGCUCCGAGCAAAGUUCUACCACCUCCAGUUCCAACCAGAAGGAAGGCAAAUAUUGUGACUGCUGCUAUUGUGAAUUUUUCGGACAUGGUAAUCCUCCUGUAGCUCCUACCAGCAAGAAUUACGCAGAAAUGAGGGAUCGCUUACGUUUACGCCUGAAGAAAAAGAAUGAAGCUAAACAAGACUAUCACAAAGACACUUGUGCUAACAAACGAGAAAUUCCAAAGUUAGAACCAGAUGCUUGCACUAGCUUCGUAACGACGCAUCAUGAAGACGACUCGAAAGAUCCAAUGGAGCUGAAGGGCCUUGAUGAGUUGAUAAGGUUCAUCAAUGGUACAGAAGACCAGAAAAUGGGUGCUGACAAGUCCAUGACUGCCAAAGCUGCUAAGAGGGCUCGACAGAAACAGCGAAAGAACGAGGAGAAAGCUCGGUUAGAAGCAGAAAAGAAACAUCAAGAACAACAGAGACUUAUUCGUGAGGAGCAGGAAAGACAAAAGAAAAACAAACUCAUUGCUGCAAAGUUGGAACUGGAGAAAUCUCAAAAGAAGAAAAAGAAAAAACACAAAGUGGUUCCAGAGGAUACAAACUCAGCACACAGUGAAGUUGGUAAUAUAAAUUUGAACCUUAUACGAAUACCUCCAGCGGGGCGGGAAGAUGAGCAGCAUUCGAGUGCUAAGCAAAUUGAAUUAAAGUCCAAACGUCGCGAGUCAGGAGAACAGAGUCCCAGUAGUCAGUCAAAUGGGAAAAUCUCAGAUGAGAGUUUGGCAGGAACAAAGCCCAUGAAAGGAAGGACGAAAUGUCCACGAACACUUGACAAACAACAACCAGUACAGGUCCAGACUGUGCAAGCCCAUCAUGAAUCUAAGGUGGACAAAAAGUCUGUGAAAAAUUCCAGUCAUACUUCUCAGACUUCUAAGGCAUCCCCUGUAAUUUCUAAAACAGUGUCAAGUAAAAACUCAGUACCUCAAAUCUCCCAAGCUUCCAAACAACAACCUAAUGGAACCAUCGCUACCACGGUACCAACACCCAUAGCCAGUGGUCGUACAACAACACAAGGCAAGGAGAAUACCAAGCACUUCAAUGACAGCCAGCUCCGUAAUGGUACAUGUGUACAGAUCAAACUGGAGGAUCUACAGCAGGAUAGUGCCAAUAGGAAGGGCAGAAAACCGACAGGGUCAGUAAACUCAUCAGGUACAAGUCCAACUGGACAAUCCACCAACAGUCUACACCACUCCAACUUGCAUCAGGCGAUCACUAAACAGUCGGGACAACCGGUCAACAGUCAAAAUCAGUCUCCCUCGCCACAACCAACCAUCAAACAGUCCGGACAACCGGUCAACAGUCUAAAUCAGUCUCACUCUCAACACGUGACCGCCAAACAAUCUGGUGUCAGACAAGGUCCUCCCCAGGACCAGCAACGGAAGGUAACAAGUCAGCAACAGGCCAUGACCCCUCCCAAAGGUCACCUACACAACGGGGUUAUCAUCAGUCCAAACAAACGAUUUGUUCCCCUGGACAAUUCCCAGCACCAUCAGUCACAUCCCAACAGUACAGCUGGGAGACAAGUUACAAGCAACGACAAGAAGCCAGGCAAGCCACCUUCUCCAGUGGGGAGAACUGAGGAAACCUCCUCCAACAAUGAACAGAACAAGAACAGCAGUGGAAAAAAUAAAAGGAACAAGAAAAAGAACCGUGGUAGUGAAGAUCUCAGUAUGAUUGAUGAGAUAUUUAUGCCGAAGUCCGAGUCCGAUCUGGAAGGUGGCGACAUGGAUGAUGUAGAGAAAGAACUGGAAGAAUUUAAAAGGUUUUGUCUUGGAUCCACUCCUGUUAAGAGAGAAAAGCUUCAAGUAAACAUGAAUUUAAAGGACAUCUUUGUGAAAAAGAAGUCGGGCCUGGGCUGUACCUAAAUGGGUGAUGAUAAGUCACUGAUGGUAAGAGGACCGAGGACUGGUUAAGUUUCUCGAUCGACAGCUUGUCCAGUGAUGGACAGAUGUGACCAACAGGAAGUCUGACCAAGGUUGAGUUG